AUGGCAAAUAACGAAACAAAAAAUGUGCUUGGACGGUGGACAAAAGGAACAAUUACCAAUGUAAAAGGAAAUAUUAUUGCUAUGGAUAAUACUGCUAUUCAAGGUAUAACAUGGUGUGAUCGUUUGUUAAUACAAAUAUAUGGUAAUGGUGAUACAAACACCGACAAUGUAAACAAUACUCGACAAAAACUACCCGCGUAUCUACUCGUCAAUGAUUUGACACAGCUGAAAGAGAACGUUCAGUUCUAUUUUUUGUGGGGAGAUAAUACUGAUGCUCAUACCAAAGUAAUUAACACGUGGUGGAAAAUACGACAUUUGGAUUUAUAUUUCAAUCUUUUUUAUAAAGACGUAGAAGAAGAAGAAGAAGUAUAA